AUGCCAUUAAUUAGAAAUUCAAUUCUCUCACCUGCAUCAAGAUAUGCUUUGUCAUUUAUUGAACAAUUAAUAGGAACACUUCAAAUUCAAAGUAUACAGCAUUUAUUUACGAACACAUCUAUAACAACAGCUGUAGACGAUAUAGUUCUAAAUACAGAAUGUAAUUCCAACAAUUUCUGCACGCAUGUCGAUGGUACUAUUAUAACAACUACAAUAAAUGAAGAACAAGUUGAAUCAUCUGCUCAAGGUGUUAAUACAAUUAGUAGUUGA